GCCGCCCCCAGCCGGGCCGGGUCCGGGCGGCCUCACCUGUAGACGUCGGCCACGCGGCCCAGGCAUACAGCCAGCGGCUUGGCCUCGUUGCGGCCUUUGAGGCGAUAGACAGAGCCCAGUGCGGCCGAGCAGCUCGCUGAGCAGGCCAGGCCAUACAACGUAUCGGUGGGGACAGCUACCACGGCGCCGGCGCGCAGCUCGGCCACGGCGGCCCGCAGCGCUUCUGUCCAACCGGCGCGCUCAGAGCUCGCUGCCCGCAAGACUCCGCUCCCCGGCAGCCGCAAGAGCCGGGCCCCCGGCACCGCCGGGGCGGGGCUCGGUGGGCGGAGGAGACGGCUGCUCCUGGAGGAGCCCACGGGCCCCUCGCUCAACCCCACGCUAGCAGCCACGGCGGCCUUGAUUCCCUUGCACGGACGCAGGGGAGACAUCCGCUGAGGCCCGCUUCCGGGAGGAAGUGACGCGAACAGUCAGCUUCCGGUUGUAGAGGCUAUGCCCCGCCUCCACGCCGGGCACCUUAAAGGGACAGCGACCCCCAGGAGGCUUGAAGGAGACCGGGAGGCUGCCGGCGUGGACCGCGGUAAGGCUGGGCUCGGGCUCGGCGGGAGGCCACCCCCGCAGCCGCCCCGGGAUGAGCGCGCCCAGCAGCUGCUGGAUGCGGUGGAGCAGCGGCAGCGGCAGCUCCUGGACACCAUCGCCGCCUGUGAGGAGAUGCUGAGGCAGCUUGGCCGCCGGCGCCCGGAGCCAGCUGGUGGCGGGAACGUCUCAGCCAAACCUGGAGGGCCCUCCCAGCCAACUGUCUCCACCAGAGGUGGCUUUCCAAAGGAUGCUGGUGAUGGAGCUGCGGAGCCCUGACCAUCUCUAAGCGGGUGCCCUGACUUCUCUCCCUCCUGGUGACUGGACUCUGAACAACUCCCCUUCAAUAAAGGGGCCAGUCUUCACUGGCAGUGGCUGUUAUUUGGCCCUCAGCCUGGGGUGGCAGCUCUGCUAGCAGCUGGGUUCACUUCCACUUCAUCCUGACUAAAAGCAGUGCUGUGUUUUGAAAUGCAGCCAAUGGAUACCCAGUCUGAUUACCUGAAUUUGAGCAGAACAGCAGUGCUUGCCAGUUUGGUCUUGCCUGCUUUGGGGGAUUCAGGCGGUGUCAGCCCACUUGUGCAUUUCAUACUUUGGGGGCUUCUAGUUCCACGAACACCUUCAGCAGAGCCUUGAUUAAAAGGAAACCUGCAGAC